AUGAGGCUUCAGAUCUUACUGCAUCCGCAAUUGCGCAUAUUGCUUCCCCGCGGUGUGCGGAGGGAUCUUAAUAGCACGAUAUUCUCUCGGCUGAAGACGACUCAACCACCGUUUCGACUCUCCAAAAAUGAGACUCCGGCUCUGAAGUCGAAGGAAAACAAUGCGACAGCUACCCGGAGCUCACCACAGUCGGCCACGGCACACGCAAAGACAACUAUUCGACGAGGUCCCCCGGAGCGCAUAUUGAUCUACCAUGGCGGAACGGGCAAGACAAUCUUUCUGGGGAUGUUGCGGAUUACGACCAUCUUCCUUUUUGGUGUGUCUGUCCUGGUUGUCGCACCCGCAUUUGCGUCCGAUGAGUUUCCAUGGUAUCUAGCUCCAGCUGUUGUUGUUGGCGGAGCUCUACCCAUGCUUUUCGUCUCCUAUACCUCUGCUCCAUUCGUGAAUUUCGUACACCUUGCUCUCCCCGCUUUUGCUCGGCGUUCAAAGGAACAUACGCUUCAAUAUGCGAAGAACCUACCCCCUACAGCCACAUUAUACAUUAACACCAUGAAAUUCACGACGAUUCCUCGACAGACCGAGGUGCGACUGGGGGACUUGGUUCCUGACAAAGCCAUCUUCCGUCCAGUGAGCUUUCGCAAUAAGAACCCUGCCCCCUUGCCCUGGUGGGCAGGAAAGACUCUACGGCAAUUUUACGCGGCAGAGAAGAGUCAGCCUGGCAGGGAAUCAACGACAUUCUAUCCCGAAUUGUGGGAGCAUGUAUACAAGCAGAUCCAGAAGAAUCCCUCACCAAAGAAAUGA